CGAAGACAGAGAGGUCUACUGCCAGAGACACGCUCCCAGGGUCGGGGGGUCAAGGCUGGACAAGGACGCUAUUGGAAUUCAGAGAGCGUUGGCCGCCCAGGAUAAUUUCAGGUACAGUCUUGGAAGUCUUAUCAUUAUUCUAGUACACGGCGAACAGCCUGGCUCCGCGAUGGACCAGGAGGCACUGGGCAUCAAAGCCGCCAUGUUCCAGAGUCGGCAGAAUUCCGGACUGCUAGUGGACCAGCAGGGUGGACACAAGAUUAACGUAGAUGAGAAUGCGGUACAUAUACGAGGUGCUAUGAACGCUCAACUGCUGCAACGCCGCUACCAGAAAAAGUUGGACAAGCACCACUUCCCGCCAUAUUUUGCCAGGAAGAGAGAACAACUCUUUGAAUCACAGAGGAAACUGGAAGAACAGCUGAGAAAGGAGGAGGAUGAGAUGUUUAGAGAAUUCCAACAAGAAAGAUUGAAGGAAGACAAAUUAAUAAACAAGGAGGUCGACUCUGAAUGGGAGAGACAACUAAAGGAAUUGACAGAGAGAUAUGAAAAGGAUAUGGAAAAGAAGAAAAAGAAAAUGAAAGAUUCUGAAAAAAAGAUGAUGACUAUACAGUAUGAAAAUGAGAAGCAGGAUUUGGCGGCUACAAUGACAUCAAAGAAACAGACUAAAAAGAAGACCAUGACGCUGCGUCUGAGGCAAAAAGAACAGGAGCAGACGGCCAGACUGGUGAAGAAACAAAGCCAGGUUAUGCUGGAAAUGCUGGCCAAGGAGCAGCAGGAGUUAAAAGCUGAAUUUGCAAAAGAGAUAGCUAAGACAUCAGUACGAUUGCAGAAUGGUCAGCAGUCGCCUCAUGUGAAUGGAGGACCAGAAACUUUAGAUGAAGUCCUGGAUAUUUUGCCACUUUCAGCAGUGGUGGCGCCACCAUCUCCUCAAGCCCCUGUGUGCAGGAAGGAGGACUUGCUUCCCGAUACAUCUGUUUUUGAAUACAUUGAUGAGCAAGUUAUCAAGGUUGCAGAAGGAGAACAGCUGACAUACACAGAUCUUGUGAGGCAGCUUACGGAAGAUUUAAUAUCUGACUUAGAGAAGGCCAGAGCUAUUUACCGCUGGAUCUGUGUGAAAGAUCUCAAUGUUAUGGAGUUUGCCGAUGACCUAGAUGUUGAUACUCCCAUGGGGCUCCUCAGAGGCAUCAAAUUUGGAACAGAAACCUAUCAUGUUUUAUUCAUGAGGCUAUGCAGCUAUGCUGGUCUUCACUGUGUCGAAAUCAAGGGUCAUUCUAAGAGUGUGGGAUAUGAACCAGGCAUGAAGAUUACUCCUGAUAUUUUCCAAAACACCUGGAAUGCUGUAUUCAUUGAUGGAGAAUGGAGGCUUAUUCAGUGUAACUGGGGAGCCAGACAUCUUGUACUGAGUAAAGACAAAGAUGACAAGCACAAAAGAAAAGAUCAUAUCCGAUACCAGUACGAUGAUCACUACUUCAUGACCGACCCAGAUGAGUUCAUUCAGGAAUUUUGGGCUGCUGAUCCAAAGUGGCAACUUCUGGAGUCUCCUAUCACUCUUGAGGAGUUUGAAGCACUGCCAUUUGUCAGAUCCAUUUUCUUUCAUUACAAAAUGCAUUUUGAAGGCCAUAAGCUUGCUGUGAUUACCACCGAUGAUAAGGGAGGGGCCAAAAUCACCAUCCGUGUUCCAGAAGAGUAUGAAAAUGACUUGGUAUUUUUCUAUCAGCUUCGUUAUGCAGACAAAGAGAAGAGUAAAGAGACGACAUACAAGGGAACACCUCUAGAGCGAUACGUCUUCCAGACAAUGGUGGAGAAUACCGUGACUUUUAGCAUUCAUGUGCCCAUUGCUGGACAAUACUUGAUGGAAAUUUUCGCCAACAAAAUUGAUGACAGUGGCCGUGUUGAGGAAAGUAAUGCAAGUGUGGCUCCGUUCAAACUUAAAUGUGCAUGCAAAUUUAAAGUUGUUUGUGAAACACUUUCUGGAAAAAUGCAUCCUCUUCCCAACUGUGCUCCGGGUGAAUGGGGCCCUAAAAAGGCUCAGAGACAUUUCGGACUGAUCCCCAUGAUUAAACCUUCACCAGAUUUCGAUAUGAAAAGAGCUGGUAUACUGACCGUGGAAGAUCAUUUUGAGUUAAAAUUCAAAUCACAGAAGUCAUACCAGCUUCUUGCCAAACUGAGGUUAAACAGUGUGGAGAGCAAGUUGUUGGAUCCUUUCGUCAAUGUGACAUCUAGUGGCUCUGUUCUCUCUGUCUAUGUAUCCUUUCCUCAGGUGGGUCAAUUUGGCCUGGACAUCUUUGCCAGACCUAAAGGAGUUACGGAUCCCGCUGCUCUCUCACACGCUUGCAAAUACCUCAUUAACUGCACCAAGGUGUCCUCUGAGGUCCAUAUCCCUAAAAUACCCAAAGCAGAGUCAAAGCAAACCAAAUUUGGCCCAACACCUGCAUUCGAUGAAAUGGGGCUGAAGCUGGUUUCACAGAAAGAGGCAAAGAUUCGUGUAAGGAAGCACAGUACUUUAUCCAUAGAACUCAAAGUGCCACCUCAUGUGGUCCUUUCUUUUCAAUUUCUGAGGGAACCAGGUGAGGAUAACAGGGAUUAUGUUACUCAGUCCCAGUCACAUGGCCACGUCAAGUUCACCAUCUCUCUCUCCAAGAAAGGCAACUAUAUGCUUAGUUUGUAUGCUCGGAAAGAUAACAGCGAGGACAGGUCUGCACCUAAUGUUUUCAACUAUUUGAUACAGUAUGUUCCUGAAGCAGAAGAUGCUCCUGAACCUUUGGAAAGAACUUCAUCAUCCAUAAAACAUACUUUGCCCAAAAAGUCUUCAAACAAAAUCAGAACAUCAGAGAAAAGUAUUAAUAAAUCAUUUGAUAAGUCCUUUGAAUAA